AUGAAGGUCCUAACAGCAGCAGUUCUGGCGAUAGCAGCCUUGUCUUCGGCUAGCGUGGUGAAGACACCGGGAGACACCUUCGAGCUCCUCAUCCUUCACAACAAUGACAUGCAUGCCCGCUUCGAACAGACAUCACAGCAAGGAGGCACCUGCACAACUGCUGACAGGGAGGCAGGAAAAUGCUAUGGAGGUUUUCCUAGAGUUGCUCAUGUUGUGAAGGAAGCAAGAAAAGCGGCUCAAUCAGGCGAAGGUCCACCUGUCCUGUACCUGAAUGCUGGAGACACAUACACCGGUACAGCAUGGUUCACCAUCUACAAAUGGAAGAUCGCUGCCGAGUUCGUGAACGCACUUCAACCUGAUGCUGUUUCACUGGGCAACCACGAGUUCGACGAAGCAGUGGAUGGAGUCGUGCCCUUUAUUAGAAACUUGAGCACACCCGUACUAGCGGCUAACCUCAUCCUAGACAAUGUACCAGAACUAAAAAACGAAAAGAACCUAUACAAGUCCAUCGUGAUAAUAAAAAACAACGUAAAAAUUGGUAUAAUCGGGUAUCUUACACCUUUAACGAAAUAUCUCGCCCCCCAUAACAAUGUAGAAUACGAAGAUGAAAUUCCAGCAAUAAGACGAGAAGUACAGAAACUCAAGGCACAAAAUGUUAACAUUUUAAUAGCUCUCGGACAUUCCGGAUUCUUAAAAGACUUAGCCAUUGCAAAAGAAGUGGAAGAUCUUGAUUUAGUAAUCGGAGGUCACUCUAAUACAUUCCUUUGGAACGCUGCUAGUACUCCAGAGAAACCUGAAGUGCGCGAAGGGCCAUAUCCCACAGAAGUGAAACAAGCAAACGGUAGAAUCGUUAGAGUCGUACAAGCAUACGCUUACACAAAGUAUAUGGGAAAACUGCAUUUAAUUUUUGAUGCGACAGGGGAAAUCGUUAAAUGUGACGGUACUCCUAUACUAUUGAACCAAAAGAUUCCAAGAGACCCCGAACUUUUAAAAACCGUCAAUAAGUAUCAUGCAGAUAUGGAUCGAAUAAACAGUGAACCUGUUGGAAGUUCAUUCGUUUAUCUUAAUGAAACAGGAUGUAGAUUACGAGAAUGCAAUAUAGGUAACUUAAUUGCUGACGCUAUGUUAAAUUAUACGAGAGAGCAACAUCACCAAGAGUAUCCUGAUGUAAAUAUAGGCAUUGUACAAGGAGGUCGUAUAAGGACCUCGAUAUACCAUGAAGGUAAACCAUUCACCGUUACUAGAGGCGAUUGGAUAAACGUCUUGCCGUUUUCAGACUCAUUGACAAUAAUUACAAUGAAUGGUACUACAUUAAGAGAGAGUCUAGAGCAUUCUGUAUCAACAUGGCGGACUACUGACAGUACUGGACAAUUCCAACAGUUUUCUGGAAUGCAAGUCAUUUACGACUUAGCUCAGCCUGUUGGUUCUCGCGUUGUCAGCGCUAAAGCAGUUUGUUCUAAUUGCGGAUUCUACGACUUACAAGACAUAAAAGACGAAUAUGAAUACAAAGUGAUGAUGCCAACAUUCCUAGCUGAAGGAGGAGAUGGUUAUACUAUGUUCACGAGUCUCCCAAGUAAAUCCCUUCCAUAUAAUGAAUUGGAUAGUGUUUUAUACUACUUGGCAAACUACAGCCCUGUGGAUACGCAUUUAGACGGUCGUAUAAUACUACUCAAUGAAGACAAGAUUAAAAACUUAGAUACCAAACCUGAAAGAAGGUUGCAUUCAAACGCAGUACCGAUUAAAUCUAGACUAACAUGGUUUUAUGUACUAACAAUAUUAGUUAUAUCUUCUUAA